AUGUCCAAUCAUGUGGCUCAUCUUGCCCCAAAGCCCAAGUUAUGGGGUUCUUGCCGUUUUUCCAUAGCGUUUUGUGUUUUUUUGGCUUCGGUUCAGAUGGCCAUGCUCAGGGAUAACCUCGGAAUAGCGUUGCUGUGCAUGUCGAAGCCUGUUGGGAACUUUACAUGCGAACCAAACGACGCCACUGUUAUACCCACUCUGCCGUGGAUUGAUCAAAAAAAGAAUUGCGAGUUCGAAUGGGACUCUGCGACUCGCGGACGAUUAUUGGGUUCGUUCAUGUACGGUUAUAUAUCGACGACAAUGGCGGGCGGCAUAAUUUCAAACAAUUACGGUGCUAAACUUCCGUUCAUGAUCGCAGURUACGGAAACAUCAUCUUUCAUAUGCUGUGCCCGUCAGCCGCGCUGAUACAUACGGAAUUGUUUUUCGCGUGCCGUUUUAUUCAAGGAAUGUUCGUGGGCUUGAUGGCCGGUCCGUUUUUCCAGUUGUUCAGCGCUUGGAUGUCGGAUGACGAGUCGUCGAUUCUGCUCAGUUUCGGCUUCAGCGGUUUCUCGUUCGGCACUAUUCUGAGUUAUCCGAUGAGCGGUUUUUUGUGCGGUUCCAAUGUUCACGGUUUCGGCGGAUGGUCUCUAAUAUUUUACGUACCAGCGAUCAUAUCCAUUUCGUUCAUAUUCUAUUUUCAUCGAUAUUUGUACGACGUACCUGACAACCACCCUAAAAUAUCUCCAGAAGAAUAUACAUAUCUAUUUCAAAACGUUGGUGUGUCCCAAGAGCCGCCAGUAAUACCGUGGUUGUCCAUAUUCACUUCAUUGCCAUUUAUCGCAUACAUGCUGUGUUACUCGGCAUUUUUGUGGAAUGUGUUCACCAUGAUGAACCUUAUGCCGAUGUAUUUGCAAACCAUGUUGGGUAUCCAAACCAGUGAGAGUGGAUAUUUGUAUUGCAUACCAUUUAUCUUGACGUUUUUAAUGCGAAAUUUUAACGCCAUAACAUAUCCUAUGGUCAAAGACUUUUCUGGACUGUCACACACCGCAUGCCGAAAACUAUAUUGUUGUUUUGGGUGCAUAAUGGUCAUUACAUCACUAUUGAGCAUAAUUUUUGAAGAGAACAUCACCAAAUUGCAUAUCAUGGUCGCAAUAUCAAUAAACUUGGCUUUAGGUGAUUUCGCUUACAGUGGAGGCUUCUUUCCUACACUCCUCGAUUUGGCUCCAAAUUAUGCUGGUUUGUUGUCCGGUUUGUCAACAUUUAUCGCAUUCUUGGUUGCUUGUCCAUCGACUUUAAUCAACAGCAUCAUUAUUAAACAAAACACCAGGGAAGAGUGGAAUACUGUUUUAUGGAUAAUUGUAGCUAUGUUUAUAUUCAUAAUGUGUUUUUAUUUAAUAUUUGGAUCAGCGUCAUUGCAAUUAUGGUCGAUUGACAAACUAGAAAUUCCCGAAAGAGGAACAUUCCGGACAACAUUAUUUAACGCAUCUAGAAGUAUGUCAGUUGCACGUCCCACACAUAUAUUUUAA